UUCUUCUCCCAUCUCCACAUCCUACACACUCUACGGUUUUCAUCCUGCCUGAGCCGGCGAGGCGGCGAACAUUCACCGGCGCAAUAACUCCGGCGGCAGCGGCGGCGACCUCUCUUUUUUUAUCAGACGCGAACUGAUCAUUGUCAAAAUCGCAGUUAGGCUCGCAGCUCACAGACCACAGUCACCGACUCACCGCGAACUCUCCGCCGAAUAUAAUCACCGGCGGCGGCGGCGAGCUCUCUCUCUAUUUUUCUUUGUCAGACGCGAACUAAUCAUUGUCAAAAUCGCAGGUUAGGCUCACAGCUCACAGACUACAGUCACCGAUUCACCGCGAACUCUCCGGCGAAUACAAUCACCGGCGGCGGCGGUAUUUCUAGGAACAAUGGGUAUCAUAGGAAAUAUUAAAAGACAUUGAAGCUGAAAUGGCAUAGACACAGAAAAACAAAGUAACAGGCAGCUCAAUUUCCCACCCUCCUCAAUAGGGAUAAAGGAGGCGAGUUAACCUUUGGCGCUUCACAUGUAAAUCUCAAUAGCUGUUUCUUUUAAUGCUCCCAUUCUUUGCAAUCUAGGAAAGGGUAUGACACAUGUUCGCUCUUUCACAACUUUGAAGCCUUUGCAUUUUGGAGCAGUAACAACAACCAAGUGCCUGAAGUUCCAUUUGGGGUUCUCUAGCAGGAGUUUUUUUAGGAAAAUCCAAAUGGAAAAUGGUAACCGUGAUAAUUCAAGAGGUGCCUUGAUUGUUCUAGAAGGUUUAGACCGCAGUGGGAAGACAUCACAGUCUACUAGACUACUCUCAUACUUAGAACAACAAGGAUUUUCGGUUGAAUCAUGGCGUUUUCCAGACAGGAGUACUUGUGUUGGUGAAAUGAUAUCUUCUUAUCUUGCUAACAAAUCACAAUUGGAUGAUCGGACAAUCCAUCUCCUUUUCAGUGCCAAUCGUUGGGAGAAAAGGUCACUGAUGGAGAUGAAACUAAGAAGUGGGACAACCCUUCUAGUUGACCGCUAUUCUUAUUCUGGGGUGGCAUUCUCUUCUGCCAAAGGACUUGAUGUGGAAUGGUGUAAGGGUCCAGAGAUGGGUUUGCUAGCUCCAGAUCUAGUAUUGUACCUCAACAUACCACCAGAGAAAGCAGCAGAAAGAGGAGGUUAUGGAGGGGAGAGAUAUGAGCAGCUUGAGUUCCAAAGGAAAGUUGCACAACACUAUAAGAUGCUCUGUGAUGCCACAUGGAAGAUUAUUGAUGCUUCACUUCCCAUGGAAGAUGUAGAGAAGCAGCUCAGAGAAUUUGUGAUGGAUUGUAUUGCUACAUGCCAAAUUGGAAAACCCCUAUCCCAACUGUGGUUAAGUGGUGUUUCAUUUAGUCAUUCCGAAGGCAGUGUAUGACUGGUUCUAUCAUUCUAGUGAACAGCUUCCAAUGCUCUUUUAAAGUUGUGUGGCUGCCAUUAGGCAUUCAAUCUGGAACACUGUAGGAGAAAGAAAGACCAAUUGCCAUUUAAAUGGGUCUUGGCUAUGCCAUGCUCUUGCGCACUGACAGUUUGAUAACGCUUGUCAAAAUGAUCUAGUGCGUUGGUAACUUAUCCCUCUUCUAAGCAGUGUAAUUUUUAGGUUGUGCUCCAGCUGUGGUGAAACUAAACCUAAUGAUUGGUUGGUUCUGGUAGAUUUGAUAUAUUGCAUUCUUGCACCUCGGGCACUGCUGUUACCUGGUUUUUGGGAAAUUAUUGCAUGUAGUGAGAUGGUAGGAGAUAUUGUAAUGGUAAUGCUAUGAUAAAUGAUCCUGUACUCA